UACCCCACUUUCCCCCUUUCCAUUAUUCUUUCACUUGUGUUUCAUUUUCCACACACUCCUUGUCUCUCACCCUUUCUCUCUCUCAUUCAUUGAUUCAUUAUUUGAGUUUCUCUAGAUUUCUCAGAUAGAUUUUGAAUCUAUGGCUUUGCAUUUUCUUCUUCUGCUGCUUUUUGCAGUUUCUGUUGUUGCAGCUGAUGAGGAACCAUUUAUUGGAGUGAACAUUGGAACAGAUCUCUCAGAUAUGCCACACCCUACCCAAGUAGUGGCUCUACUUAAAGCUCAGAAGAUUCGAAAUGUUCGGUUGUAUGAUGCUGACCAAGCUAUGCUCAUUGCACUGGCAAAGACAGGCAUUCAAGUUGUUGUAACUGUUCCUAAUGAAGAGCUCUUAGGAAUUGGUCAAUCGAAUUCCACAGCUGCCAACUGGGUUUUCCGCAAUGUGGUAGCACAUUACCCUGCCACCAAUAUCACCGCCAUUUGUGUCGGUUCUGAGGUUCUAACCACCCUGCCUAAUGCAGCAAAAGUGCUUGUCAAUGCGAUCAAGUACAUUCAUUCAGCCCUUGUCGCGUCGAAUCUCGAUCGCCAAGUUAAAGUCUCAACGCCUCUUUCCUCUUCAAUCAUCCUUGAUUCAUUUCCACCUUCACAGGCUUUUUUUAACCGCUCAAUGAAUUCAGUUUUGGUCCCGAUUCUCGAUUUCCUCCAAUCCUCUGGCUCUUAUCUCAUGCUCAACAUUUACCCUUACUAUGAUUACAUGCAAUCAAAUGGUGUGAUUCCAUUAGAUUAUGCACUCUUCAAGCCUCUCCCUCCGAACAAAGAAGCCGUUGAUUCUAACACCCUUCUCCAUUACUCAAAUGUCUUUGAUGCCAUGGUUGAUGCAGCAUACUUUGCCAUGGCUUUUCUAAAUUACACUAACAUCCCUGUGGUGGUGACGGAGUCCGGCUGGCCCUCAAAAGGCGACUCCGACGAGCCUGAUGCAACUGUGGACAAUGCUAAUACUUACAACAGCAAUUUGAUCCAGCAUGUGAUUAACAAAACUGGAACCCCCAAACACCCUGGAAUUGCUGUUAGUACUUACAUCUAUGAGCUCUACAAUGAGGACAUGAAAACCGGGCCGCUGUCGGAGAAGAAUUGGGGGCUGUUUGAUGCUAAUGGGGUACCUAUUUACAUUCUACACUUGACAGGUUCAGGAGCUGUCCUAGCUAAUGAUACCAGCAAUCAAACUUUCUGCAUUGUGAAGGAUGGUGCCGACCCGAAGAUGGUGCAGGCUGCACUGGAUUGGGCAUGUGGCCCUGGCAAGGUGGAAUGUUCUUCAUUGCUGCAGGGUCAACCAUGCUAUGAACCAGACAAUGUGAUUUCACAUGCAAGUUAUGCUUUUGACAGUUACUAUCAUAAGAUGGGAAACACUCCUGAUUCAUGUGACUUCAAGGGAGUGGCAACAAUCACCACCUCUGAUCCAAGUCAUGGUUCUUGUAAAUUUCCAGGAAGUCUUGGCAAAAAUGGCACCUUUGGUAACUUCACUGCUCCAUCAAUGAACUCAAGUUCAGAUUCUUCAGCCUACAACCUCCAGAGCUGUGAAAUGAGAGCUAGAAACCUUCUAAUGGUGACAGGAUUUCUUCUGAUGGGACUAGUUUUGAUGUAAAGGGGUACAUGUCAGAAUAUUUGAUCAUUCAAAUUUUUUGUGGUGGAUGAUAAUGCCUUCUCGGGUGGCAUUGUGUUGUACGUCCAUUCAAUUUUGUACAAAAUCCAGUUAAGGAUUUGGACUGAAUGAGGCUGUAACAGAAUCAUCAUUAUUAUUCUUUUCAAGUGGAAUUGAUUCAAUCUUUUAUCAACCAUUGAUAUUUCGUA